CAAAAUACAGCUUGAAGAACUUCAUUCUUCGCCUUGUUUUAGGUAAUACUAUUACUUAAAUAUGAUAUGAUUUGCAUAAAUACACACAGCGUGGGAAAUGGCCAACCACUACUCCACAAGUCAUCGCGUUUAGCACUAUUUAUUUCCAGAAAAAAAGAACAGUUUUUGAUCGGUUUCCAAAUUCACAACUGGGGAGAUCGAUAGAUGGAGGCGGAAGUUGUAGAGAUUCUAUUGCCGAAGAACAAACCGAAUCUAUCGCGGCGAGAUUCUUGGAACGAAGCGAAUCUAGAGCUGAAGAGCUAUGGAUCAGGUCUGAAAUGGGUGUUUCUAGAUUAUUCUAGUCUCUGGAGAGCUGGGCUCUCGUGGUCCGUUUUCUUUGUGCUGAACAUCGGCGUUCCCCUCGUCUCCCACUUCGUAUUCUCCUGCUCCGACUGCGAUCCCAGCCACCAGCGGCCCUUCGAUGCAAUCACUCAGCUCUCCCUCUCCCUCUUCGCCGCCAUCUCCUUCCUCAGCAUCUCUUCCUUCGCACAGAAAUACGGCCUUCGCAGGUUUCUCUUCCUCAAUAGGCUGUCUGAAGAAACUGAAAAGGUUCAGCAAGGCUACACUCACCAGCUUCAUAGAUCGAUGAAGCUGCUGUGGGCGUUCGUGCUCCCCUGUUUCUUAGUAGACAGCGUGUACAAAAUAUGGUGGUUUAGCACAGGAGGAGACCAGAUUCCAUAUGUGUACAACAUCUACCUGAGCAAAUCCAUCAUCUGCAUCCUCCUCAUGUGCUCGUGGCUCUACCGCGUAUCAAUCUGCUUCCUCUUCUGCGUCCUCUUCCGCCUCACCUGCUACCUCCAGCUCCUCAGACUAGACGAGUUCGCUAAGGUCUUCGAAAGAGAAUCCGAGGUGGCAACCAUCUUGGUGGACCAUCUCAGCAUCAGAAGAAAUCUCCGUGUCAUUAGCCACCGGUUCAGGCUCUUCAUCUUGUCCACUCUGAUCCUAGUCACCAUAAGCCAAUUCGCUUCCUUGCUCGUCACCACCGAGCCUAGAUCAAACGUUAACAUAGCCACAGCAGGCGAACUCGCGCUAUGUUCGAUGACAUUGGUGACAGGGUUGUUUAUCUGCUUGCAAAGUGCUGCGAAGAUCACGCACAAGGCGCAAGCAGUUACGUGUUUAGCUGCUAAGUGGCAUGCCUGUGCCACGAUCAGCUCGUUCGAUGAAUUAGACGACGUGACUCCUCCGGCUCAGAUUGCUUCAGCGGCCGCAGCUGUUGUGGAUUGGGAUACGGAUAAUGAAGAAGGGGAUGGAGAUGAUGUGUUGGAUAACACCAACUUAGUUCCUAUUUAUGCUAAUACUAUUUCUUACCAGAAGAGGCAAGCUCUAGUCACAUAUUUCGAGCACAACAGAGCUGGGAUGACGGUGUAUGGAUUUAUGCUGGACAGAACUUGGCUGCACACUAUAUUUGCCAUACAACUUUCACUCACACUCUGGAUCUUGAACAAGACUAUUGGGAUUUCCUAAUUUUUGUAUAUACAUAAAUGGUGAUUAGUGAGGUUCAGUUUUGGUGAUUUUACUGAUUUCUGUAACAUUUACCUAAUCAAUAAUUUCAUUACUGUAACAUUUACCUAAUCAAUAAUUUCAUUAGGGUUGGUAGUACGUAUUAGAAGUUUUGAGAUUUGAGAUAUAUUAUGCUUGGGAUUUUGUUUGUAGUGAAGAACGUUACAUAAUUAUACUGCUGCUAAGAUGCUAAUAUUAAUGUAAAUUUCGUCUUUUAGGUAUAUAGAUCACCUUUUCCAAUUUGUCUACUUGAUUACCUUUGAUUCUGUAUUAAAUGAAACAUAUCCUCUUUUGUUA